AUGAAAAUCCAUUAUACUAAUAUAUUAUUGUUUCCUCUAAAAUUAAAUAUAUUAGUAAAUACCCACAAAAAACCACACACCACAGCACGUCAUAUACAAACUAACAGAUUAUUAUGCGAGUGCGAAUUAUAUAUGUCCAAUUAUGACAACGAUCCUGAAAUGAAAUCUGUGAUGCAACAAUUUCAUGAUCGUACAAAACAAAGGUUUCAAGAAUACGAUGAAAUGUUGCAAGAAAAACGACAAAUAUGUAAAGAUACAUGUGAUAAGGAAAUCCAAAAAAUUAUUUUAAAAGAUAAAAUUGAAAAAGAAUUAAACGAAAAAUUUUCUGCGUUACACACGGAUAUACAAAGUGACGCCAUUCCAACAUGUAUUUGCGAAAAAUCAGUAACAGAUAAAUUUGAAAAAACUUGUUUAAAAUGUUCAGGGAUAUUCGCUACGGCGGUACCUGAAUUGGGAUUAAUAGGUGGAACUGUUGUAUAUGAUGCAGCAGUAAAGGCUGCUACGAAAGCUGCUAUUAAAAAAGCGAUUGAAGAAGUAGGAAAGAUAUUUUUCCUAGCUGAUGAAUCUACUAUGCAAUGGACGAACAUGAUUAACGCAGGAAAUUAUAGUGAUAAAAUGUCUCUUGUUAGUAUACUGACCUCUCUAAAUAAUGGGUGCCAGGAUGGUGAAGCUGUUGCAGGUCCUUUAUUUUGCACGGCAUCAAAUGCUUUAACUGAAAGUGGUAAUCCUUAUGUGUUUACUAGAACUAUUUCUGAAAAGGCAGCAAAUGCUGCAGAUGCUGCUCGCAAAGCAGCAAGUGGGAAAUUUGCUGAGAUGACAAGUGUGGGUACCAUUUUUUCUGAUCCUAUUGUAAUUUCAGCUAUAGUAGUCAUUUCUAUAGCUGUUAUACUUUUAAUUAUUUAUUUGAUAUUACGUUAUCGAAGGAAAAUCAAAAUGAACAAAAAAUUACAAUACAUAAAAUUAUUAAAAGAAUAG